AUGGGCAAUCCCAAAGAUGAAAGCACCUCUGAAAAGGAGGUUCCUUCCAGUCUUAAUGACCAGACUCCCGCAGCCAAGCCAGCGGUAAAGGCUCUGGAGAAUGGCCAGGGCAAAGAUGUCGAUAUCGCUGCCCAGAUUCUUGCCGACUAUGGCGAAGAGUUCGACAGAAGCUGGACUCCUGAAGAAGAGAAGCGCUUGAUUCGGAAGGUUGACUGGAUGAUUGUUCCGAUCCUUUUUGUCUGUGCAACGCUUUCUGGCCUUGACAAGACCGCAAUCUCAGCCGCCGCCAUCUAUGGCAUUCGCCAAGAUCUCAACCUGACAGGCGAGCAGUACUCAUGGGUCGGCUCGGCACCAUUCUUUGGGGGCCUUUUGUUCAUGGGCCCGUCAGCCUACUUUAUUCAGAGGCUAUCAGCUGUCGUUUACUUCUCGUUCGCCGUUCUAUGCUGGGGCGUUCUUGCCUGUUCCAUGGCCGCAUGCCAAAGCUUUGGUGCUCUUUUUGCGUGCCGUUUUCUUCUUGGCGGCUUUGAGGCUUUGCUUAUCCCUGCUGUCACCUUGAUUACGUCCAUGUGGUAUCGUCCAGAAGAGCAGCCCCGCCGCAAUAGCAUUAUUCUCAAUGUUGUCGCUCCCAUUAUCAAUGGCUUUGUGGCAUGGGUGAUUGGCUACUACAACGGAUCUUAUGCGAAGUGGAAAAUUGUUUUCCUUCUCGUCGGUUGUGUCACCAUCGCGUGGUCUGCCGUCAUUUUCUUCUUUCUCCCCAGCAACCCGCUUGAGGCGAAGAGACUGAGUCCUCGAGAGAGGUACAUCAUCAUCCAGCGAAAGGCGUCUGACAAUACUGGCAUCGAGAACAAGGUUUUUAAGCCCGCGCAGGUCAAGGAGGCUUUUGCGGAUGUCAAAACUUGGUUGAUUUGGUUCGCCAUUAUUGCGCUCCAAGUUCCUAAUGGUGGCUUGACUACAUUCAACACGCUUAUCAUCUCUGGGCUGGGCUUCAACCCUCUUCAGACUUCCCUACUAGCUAUGCCACCUGGUGCGAUGAGUACCAUUUCCGGUAUUGUUCUGUCUUACAUCGCGUCAACAACCCGCAAAUAUCGGACUCCGAUUGUAGCAGGCUCAAUCCUACUUCCUCUCUUUGGCGCGUUGUUGUGCUACAACCUCCCCCGCGACAACCUCGCUGGUCAGCUCAUUGGUCUUUACAUACUUUACACAUACUGGGCGCCUUAUGUCACCUUGGUCUCUGUGUACCAGGCAAACAUCGCUGGACAUACGAAGAAGGUGACACUCUAUGCUUGGUUCUAUGUGGCUUGGGCAGCUGGCAACAUUGUGGGACCUCAGACCUUUCGCCAAGAGCAAGCACCAGCCUAUACCGGGGGUACUAUUGCCAUGAUUGUGUGCUACGUGGUAGCUAUGAUUUGCGUCCUUGCAUACGGUGCUCUUUGUGCCAUGAGUAACCGUCGCAGAGAUGCAGAGGCAGAUGAACAGGCCGCAGCCUCGCAGGAUUGGCUAGACCUGACGGAUAUAGAGUACAAGGGUUUUAAGUACACAACUUGA